AUGUCCAUCGAGCAAAUCCCCGUUGGCGCACUCACACAUCUCAUGUUCUCCUUUGGAUACAUCACCCCCGGCGAUUUCAAAAUCAUACCCAUGGAUGACCUAGACCCAAAGCUAUUCUCGAAAAUGACGGCUCUCAAGAAGAGAAACCGCAACCUCAAGGUGAUGAUUGCGCUCGGCGGCUGGACGUUCAACGAUCCAAGCCCGUGGCAGUCUGUGUUCCACGACAUUUGUUCCAGCCAGGCCAACCGAGCUACGUUCGUCGCUAAUCUCCUCAGCUUCAUGAGGCAAUAUGCCUUUGAUGGCGUUGACUUUGACUGGGAAUACCCGGGAGCAACCGACCGAGGCGGGCAUGCGGAAGAUGGCAAAAACUUUACCAAGCUACUCAAAGAGCUCAAGGCCGCCAUCAAGAAGCAACCGGUCGAUUAUGAGGUGUCCUUUACCACUCCGACUAGUUACUGGUACCUGAGGCAUUUUGACCUCAAGGAAAGCGCUGCGGCAGUUGAUUUUGUCAACAUUAUGAGCUAUGAUCUCCAUGGUGUCUGGGAUGCCGAUAACCCCAUCGGAUCCAAAGUACUUGCCCACACAAACAUCACAGAACUGAAGCUAGCUUUGGACUUAUACUGGCGCAAUGACGUGUCGCCCGCAAAGCUGAAUCUCGGACUUGGGCCCGGUACGCAUGCUGAACUCCUCUCGAUGUCGCCUUCAAUGCUAACCACCGUCAUCACCUACCAGUGCACCGAUAACUCUGGCACGUUGUCUUACUUUGAGAUUAAAAACAUCAUCAAAGAAAAGAAGCUCAAGCCAUACUAUGAUAAAGAGCACCAAGUCAAGUAUAUCGUCUGGGACGAGAACCAAUGGGUCAGCUACGACACCAAAGACCUCGAAGCUUUGACGGCGGUAGUCGGCACCAAAGCAGUGGCGCUGGCCAUGAAAGACGGAACGUCAGAGGAUACCGGCCUCUGGCAGGACAUCGGGAACCAAGGAUGCUACGUCACCGGAUGCGGAGGGAAGUGCAAGAACGGCUUUCGAAAGAUCGAGUCGCAACCUUGCGGCAGCGUCCACUGGUUCUACCGUACAGCAGGAGAUGACGAUAGUCUCCUGUGCUGUCCACUAUCUGCGGCGCCCGAUCCCGAUGACUGUAAAUGGCGAGGUGAAGCACCAGCUUGCAACGGCCGGUGCCACGAUGGUGAGGUCCUGAUGCAAACGAACCCGUGGGGAAACGGCAAAUACUGCGAGGGUGGCAGCAAAGCCUACUGUUGUAAGGCUGCCCAAGAACACAAGAACAGCUGCUACUGGAGUGGUAUGGGGAACCAGUGCAAGGCGGGCGACAAGCCACUCACGUUCAAGGGGACCUGGCUCGGGGCGGUUGCCGACGUGGCAAGCCUCUUCGGCAUCGUGGGCGACCUUCUGGGUGAUCUCCUGGGCGACCUGGACAUUGAAUUCCUCGAGCUGUAUUGCUGCCCUAAAGAAGACUUUAACCGCUGGAAAAACCAAAACUGCCACUGGAAAGGUUCCAAGAGCAAGGACUGCAGCGACAACACCUGCACCGCCGGAAAGGAAAUUCAGCUCGCCAACAGCGUGCAUGGCGAAGGUCUCUCGUGCUUCCCCUUCCUGGAUAGAGCUAGAGUAUUCUGCUGCGAUCCGCCAGAGGGCUCUAAUCUCUUCUUGCCUGUUCCGCUGGAUGAUCUUCUGCCGAACCCGCCUACGGGAGACGACGUCAAGACUCGCUUCGAUCUGAAUGUGGAUAAUACAUGGGGCGAUGGCGAAGCGGAUACCGACACCGAUGACGACCCGGAUGCGGCGGCGUUCCAGUUCUAUGUUCUUGCAAGCCACAAGGAGAUUCAGGUGUCCCUCGAUAAACGGGACGGUUCCCACUGGGAAGUUUACAACUGCAACGAUCCGGUGUCCGAAGGGGAGCAAACCGUCCAAAUGAUAUGCACAGAUAAUUCCGACAGCAGCACCUGCAGCGACAUCUUCAGCGGUCGCGGAGCUCCCGGUACGAUCAUCGAAAUGCCCCGCGGCAAGGGAUGUGGGCCCGGCAAGUAUGCCGUCGUCAAGGCCCUCGAGGUCGCCAAGGACCAGGGUCUACCCCCACAGCUGAUGCGCAUCGACUUUUCCAACCAGGAAGGUUAUUGGGACAACAUCGUGGCCAAGCCCAAGGACGGCGGGAAGAAGAGCAAGAGGUCGCUCGAGGACGUUGGUGGAAACCACAAACGCUGGAUAGAAGAAGAAUGGCGCGACGAUUACCACCGAGGGGAGUUGACUACAGAGCAGCUUCACAAACGGUGGUUCGGCUCGAGCGCCGUCGACUGGUUGAAGGGGCUGCUGGACAUCAAGAUCAAGAAGGAAAAGCGGCACGACUACGAAGAGGAUAUUUCUGCCAUCAUCUUGCAGGAAGAGUGGACGUGCAACAAGCCCAACUUCAAGUUCAAGGCAAAAGUGGAAGCCGUGGCUACCGCCAGCAUCAAGAUGUCGACGUCGUUUGGAUUCACGCUCAUCACCACCCUUGGACCCGGCAUGGAUCUCAGCAAGUCAUUCCUUCACUUUAACAAUGAGGGCGGGAUCGAAGCUAUCUUCACACUCGAGGCGCUGAUGACGAUGCAGUGGGACUCUAAAGUGUUUUCACUUGGCGAGUUGCCUGUCCCCGGUGCAUCGUUCCGCAUCCCGGGAAUCGUUACGAUUGGCCCCGAGAUUAGACUCGAUGCGAGGUUCAAAGCAGGCAUUUCCGUGGAAGGCCGAGUCGAAGCCCGCGUCACGCUCACCGACUGGGAAAUACGUCAAACGUACCCCCAGCAGAACAACGAAUACGUGCCCAAGACAGAGGACUCGCCCGACCGCGGCAUCGACGCAAAGGGCCUGUCCAAGCCAACUUUCGACUACAGCCUCAAGGCUGAAGGAUAUGCCGAGGCGCACAUCAUCCCUACCAUCAGCUUCGGUAUCAAUUUUGAUAAGAGUUGCGGUUUCGGAUACGCGGUUGACGCUGGCGCAUCCCUCAAGGUCCAAGCCAAGGUCCCCGAUGCCUUUGAUUGGAAACCCGCCCCGCUCACCAUUGGCAGCAUUGAGAGAACGUUGAUCCCAAACAACGGCGACGAGUAUCUCUGCGUAACGGGUGGUGCUGCGCCGCGCUCCUUGGAUCUGGACCUAGAACGGUACGGGUUCGCCCAGAACGAGUCAGACCGGUUACCUCUCCUACGGAAACGACUCGUCCCGUACGGACCACUCAUCACCAUUCCCGGUGACAAGAAGUUAUGUCCAAACAAGGGCGGGACUACUGCUCCCGGGCCCUGCCUCAACCAGGAUGCCGUCGAGGGUUUCUACAAGGUUACUCCGGAUAGCGAUCUCUUCGACAAGCGCUCCCUCGCCGCCGACGACGCGUCGGAUCCGGAGUUGGACGAUUUCGAGUACAUCGAGGCGCAGUUGAACUCGACUCUUCACUUCAACCAUUUCGACCGGCGUGCGAUAGGAAAGAAGAUUAUCACCUGCAGCAAUAACGCCAAGCACACCGUCAUGUUCCAAGCUUGGCCGCAAGACUCAAGUUUUGAGAUCUACGACAACGAGGCUUGGGACAAAUGCAACAAUUAUCAAUUCGGGAUCCAGCCAAACAUGCAAGAGGUACCCAACAAACGCGGCGGCGGCGGCAACCAAAAAUAUCCCGUCGAACAUAUCCUCGAAGCCCACUUGAUCCAAGGCUUCAUGUCGACCUACAGCGAACUCUGCAAGCCGCUCAACCAAAACGGGUGGUCCAAGGGAAACAUCCCCAUCGACGGCGAGCCGCAAAACCCCUGGGAUUACGUUGCCAAGGCGUGGCCCUACACGGGUUACAAGGAAACCGAGUUCGUCCGCAUCAUCACCGACGUCAACGUCGCCAAAGAGACGGCGUUCAAGAAGGGCAAGAUUGCGGGCGAGGGCGACAUGGCCAAGGCCUGCACGGGCGAGGACACGGUGGACGCGGCGAUCAAAACCAUGAAGAUCGUGCUCAUGGCGUACCGCUAUAUCAACACGUCCAAGAUCCGCGGGCUGCUUGUCACGCAGUCCGACCGAGUCGCCGAACGCCUCGACAUUGCCGACGAGGCAGUCAAGCGGUGGAAUAAGGCCGCCAAGACGGACUACGAGACCAAGGAUUUGGGCGACAAGUGGAAAAAGUUUAUCAAGACGCGCACGGAGGAAACGUUUACCAAAUUUGACAAGUUCUUCAAGGACUGGAUGCCCAAGAUCGAAGCUGUCUUGGCUCCGUUCGACGCGAAGACGGACUCGCAGACCACGGGCCGGGCGGAGAGGAGGGAGAAAAUUGAGGCCUUGCGCAAGGCAGUGGAUGAGCGGGGUUCAUGGACAAACCCGUUCUAA